CUCUGGGCUGGGCAAGCCACCUGCAUCUGGACCUCCUGCGGACCCCGCUUUCCUCAAGGCUUCGAAUCAACGCCUGGUCCGCUCCUCUCUGCCCCAAUCGACCCACACCAUGAAGCCUUGAGCGGUCAGGACGAUGACCACAGUCCCCGUGAGUGGGAGGGGCGAGGGGCCGCCCCGCCGCCCACAUUGGCCGCACCGGGACGGCGCCGAGGACCGCGGCCGGGGCUCGCUCCCCGCAGAGGAGUCCGAGGGGCCGCAGCCUCGGCUGACCCCGUUGGAGAAGCUGACGCGGGACAUGUCUCAGGACGAGAAGGUGGUGAGGGAGAUCACCCUGGGGAAACAGAUCGGCUUCUACCGGAUCCGGGGCCAGAUUGGCAGCGGGAACUUCUCUCGGGUGAAGCUUGGAAUUCACUCCCUAACCAAAGAGAAAGUGGCUAUUAAGAUCCUGGACAAGACCAAGUUAGACCAGAAAACCCAAAGGCUGCUCUCCCGGGAGAUUUCCAGCAUGGAGAAGCUGCACCACCCCAACCUCAUCCGCCUCUACGAGGUGGUGGAGACGCUGUCCAAGGUGCACCUGGUCACGGAGUACGCCGGCGGCGGGGAGCUCUUCGGGAAGAUCAGCGCCGAGGGGAAGCUCUCCGAGGCGGAAAGCAAACUCAUCUUCUCCCAGAUCGUGUCCGCGGUGAAGCACAUGCACGAAAACCAAAUUAUCCACCGCGACCUGAAGGCGGAAAACGUGUUCUACGCCAGCAACACCUGUGUGAAGGUAGGGGAUUUUGGGUUCAGCACGGUGAGCCACCGAGGGGAGAUGCUGAACACUUUCUGCGGGUCCCCCCCCUACGCGGCCCCCGAACUCUUCCGCGACGAGCGCUACGUGGGGACGUCCGUGGACGUCUGGGCUCUGGGGGUGCUCCUGUACUUCAUGGUGACGGGCACCAUGCCGUUCCGGGCCGACACGGUGGCCAAGCUGAAGGAGUGUAUCCUGGAAGGCGCCUUCGGCCUGCCCGCCCACGUCUCCCUCCCCUGUCAGCGGCUGAUCCGUGGCGUGCUCCGGCCGGCACCCGCCGAGCGAUCGGGCGUCGACGCCAUCAUGAGCGACGCCUGGAUGCGGGGGGCGCGGUACCCUCGGCCCCUGGAGCCUUUCCAGCUGGAUCCCCGCCAUCUGGCAGAGGCCGGCGUGCUCCGGGAGGAGGACCGCGAGGUCAAGGCCGCGUUGGAAGCGCUGGGGAUUACUGAAGAGCACAUCCGGAACAACCGGGGGCGAGACGCCCGCAGUCCCAUCACUGGGGCCUACAGGAUCGUUUUGCACAGAGUCCAGAGGAAGCGGGCCCUGGACAGCGUCCCCGUCGUCACCCGCCCGGACUCCGGGGCGGGAAACGCGAAGAGAGGGCCCAGGCUCUGCCGGGCCAUGAGGCACACCUCCAAAUUCUGUGCAAUCCUAUGAACGGGCGUCGGGUGGCUGGGGCCGUCCCCCCAGCUUCUU